AUGGAUGACAAUGCUAGGCCACAUCGUGACUUCUUUCGUCAGGAGGCGGUAACAGUUCUACCUUGGCCUUCCAGGAGACUAGAUCUCAAUCCCACAGAGCAGGUUUGGGACAUUAUGGAGCGCACAAAAACGCAAGAGAUCCUCCAGUACGAAGUCAUGAGAGUACCGGAUCGAAAUUCUCGAUGGGGCACCGCUGGAGUUCCUCCCCACAACAUCCGUCCAGUAAAGGGCGCCGUCCACGUGGUCGUUAACCGUCAGUAUGUGGAGUACAUUGUUUACGACCCAGUAGCUAAUGAUCUGCUCAUGUGGUUGAAACGAACCAAAUUUCCGGAUGAGACGUUCUUUGCAACAUUAAAUCAUAAUCCGCACCUCAAAAUACCAGGAACCUAUCAAGGUGAGCCGGAAACAGAUCCAGUCAAUAAACCCUUCUUGGCCCGAUACAAGGUGUGGCAGGGAGGGAAGUUAUUUGGUGGAGAUUGCCAGGGUAAAUAUGUCCGACAUAUUUGUAUCUUCGGGGUGGGAGAUCUGGCCAAGUUCCCAGAGAGGAAAGAAUUGUUUGCCAACAAGUUUCAUCUGGACUUCCAGCCAGCGGCCCUCCAGUGCAUGGAUGAGUGGUACUUGAGCCGGACUCUACGUGAGCGUAGAGGAGAAUCUACGUUUGAUGACUCGUAUUACAAAACACUAGGGUUCGUUAAAAACAAGAUCCCACUCACGUAACACUGGCUAGACUCCCGGUGUCACUACAGCCUUUUACAUUCCAACAUGGUGCUGAUUGGGGUACUUCAUAUGUAUCUCGUGGUCAUUGCUUUUGAAUUUGAAUGGAUAUCCGUGAAUCUGACCAACGUAAUUCCAGUAUCACG